UGAAGGAGCGAACAGAUGCUGAGGUCCUCCUGCCUGAACACAAGGAGCUCAGAGGAGACGGCAGCCCGACAGACGAGGAGGAAACGAGGGAUGGGAGUGCAGGAGAAGGAGAAGGAGGAGGACGCCGCUCCUCUGGAGGAGAAGAAGAAGAAGCAGCAACAGAAAAGCUCCAAAGAAGUGUUUUUCUCCGUCCUGCCGGAUCGAUAUGAACCUCUGAUCGAGGAGCAGGAUGAGGAGGACGAGGAGGACAGGGAGGAGACGCCAGAGGAGAGGAGGAUAAGGAAGGAGGAGAAGAAGAGGAAGAAGAAGAAGAAGUACAAGAAGUACAGGAAGAACGUGGGGAAGGCGCUGCGGCUCACCUGGCGCUGUCUCAUGCUCAGCCUACAGUCCAUGGCAUCGUCUUGCUCCGCCCCCCACACGGCUGUUUCUACAGUGGUGACAGAAGUCCAUCGAAGCGCCGGCAGCAAAGCAUGAUGGGACGUGGAGCAGGAGGCGUCAGGAUGAAAACAGUUGGAGGUCCUUCUUCAGUCAGAUCUUCAGAUGGUCGACGUGUGUUCUUUAGUUUAACGGAUGAUGUCAUGUUGAAGGAAUGUGUUUGUUUGUGUUAAUAAAGUUUUUGUUUCUUUAGUUUUUUAUUGUUGAUAAAUAUAAAAUUCAGUUCUGAGUCAUUUUUAAAUGUUUAAUCUUGAUUUUAUGCAGAACGUUCUGAUGUGUUUAAGAACUUUUUAUUAUUGAAUAAAAAUAAAAGAAUUCUUAAAUUCAA